GUGUACGAUAGUUGCAUCGCAGGUCAAUGAAUUUAUCCAUCCAUGUUGUGUUUACUUCCAAUAAGAUGGAACUAUGCCACACUCACUGAAAACUUUAAAACUAUAAUAAUAGUUGAGAAAUCUGUUAAACUUUUCUAAUUUUAUGAAAUAUUUGUUUCAGUUUUGUUGUGUGUGCUUGUUUCGCAUAGAUUAACAAAAUGGAGCAGCUACAACCGCCGACAAUACCACACCUAGUACAAGUCUACCAGCCUUCUGUAACCAACAGCAAGAUGCAGAAUCCGCAGAUCAUCCACAUAUCUCACCCAACACUGCCCACAUCACAGGGGAAGGUCACAUAUCAGCAAACCAUCACAUCAGAAUCAAUUCACAUACCAGUAACAUCACAGCAUGUCACAGAAAUACAAAGUCAGAUACAAAUGUCACAGAAUCAGAUAGUAAUGUCUUGUCAACAAGGACUGCAGAGUCUACCACCUCUACCGGGACAGUCCCAAGUCCUGCAAGGCCAGUCCCAAGUGCUACAGACUUCAGAUAUGUCCCAGUCUCUCCAGAUUGCAUCACACAUGAUAGUCCCGCAGCAUAUGUUGGCUGGAGUACACUCUUAUUACCGCCAAUAUGAGUAUCCUAAGGAGUGUCUACUUGCUAAGCUUGAGCCUGAUAUGCAGAUAGCAGAUAAAGAUGUUGAAUGUGACACAGAAACUCAAAUGGUACCUGAACCACCUAAGAAAAGGUCUCGAAGUCAAAUACCUGAUCCAACAUCCUGGGCAUGCAACAUAAGGAAGACAAAACACCAGCGGGGAGAGGCAUACAUCAAUAGGCGAGGCAAGUUUGUCCCUGAGAGACACAUACGAAAUACAAAAGAUUGUGUUAAAAACUGCAAGUUUAAAUGUAAUGAGAAGAUCUCAGAUACUGACAGAGAACAUAUUUUCAAAGCAUUCUACACCCUCAAUGCUAAUGAAAAGAAGUAUUUUCUGUUACACACAACUGAAAGGACAUGCAUUAAAAAUAACAAAGUAAUCACCAACAAUAAGAGAAAGUAUACAUUUAAAUAUUUCUUUAAUGUCAAAUCCGAGAGGCAUACUGUGUGUAAGAACUUCUAUUUAGGUACCCUAGCUAUAUCUCAGAAGCCAGUGUAUAAUGUGCAUAUGGGAAAAACAGAUUUAAACAUACCAAAACCAGAUGGCAGGGGGCACUCAAAGGCCAGCUGUCAUUCACUGCCAUCAGAGAUUAAAGACAGAGUGAGGAAGCACAUACAAUCAUUUUCUACCGUGGAGUCUAAACCUGUGGUACAAUUUUCCAAGAAGAAACAGUACCUUGAUCCAAGUUUGAGUAUCAAACAUAUGUACAACAUGUAUUUCAGUGACUGCAACAAAGAGAACAUUGUGCCUGUUAAAGAAUCUAUGUACAGAAAGAUAUUCAGACAGGAAUACAACUUACAUUUUAGGAAAGUAAAGACUGAGCAGGCUUUGUGUGGCCGAUGUAAAAGUACUAUCAAGAAAAAGUGAAGGAACUGCAAUGCAUCACUUGAAAAGGAAUUGAAUGAUGUUAUCUGUGAUAUAUUCACGUACGAAGGCUACUGGGCCAAGAAACUCGGGGAGUCAUAGAUCUGAUACUAUCCUGCCUAGUUAGUGCUAAGAGGAAAUUGGCAGUUUUAUAACGUCGUAAAAUUGCAUAAAUCUGCACGAAAACCUAAAUCGUAAGACUGGUUGCAAGUGGCAUUUGCUGAAUAGACGAAUAUAUUUUGCUUCUUCCUUCAUCGAGUUCUUGAUUAAAAUACAAAAUCGGGUGAAGAUUAAAUCAACAAAAAUGAUUUUAUGAUAAGGGUAUAUUCGUAGUUUUUCACAAUAUGACUGGCAAAAUGACGUUGUACACCAAGGACACACGGCCUAUCCCUUUACAAGGCUUCAAAAGUAUAAACCUUCCUUUUACGCGUUCCAUAUCUCAUCGCAGAUCUCAAUUGAAAUAAUUUUCGUCACUUGCCAAAAAAUGUAAUUGAAUAAAAGCACGUCAAUCAAUAUAUCAUUUUAACGAUCAAUUAUAUUUAAAUAAAUGUGUCAUUUUAGUGUCUUAAUGACGCAAUUAAUGGGACACGUGGUUUCAAUACGUGUGGGUCGAUGACUGACGGUCAGAAGGGCUGUGAUUUUGGAUUCAACACACGUACAAUGCUGGCUUUCAAUGCCUUAGUAUUUUUGUACAAUAAAUAUCCGUAAGAUAUUGUGAGAUGCUAAAUUGGUUGAAAUAUACAACCAUUGUUAAACGGAAAGGAAACUCGUACUAAACCCUUGAGAUUGGUUCAAUCACACCGGCCAAUCAGAGCACCGAAUGCGGUCUCGUUUCGUUUUCGUUCAACGUAAAGUAAACUCGUACUAAGGCCUCAGGACUACAGUUGUCUGGCUACCUUCACAGUACCUACUAAUAGCUAGUGGAACCAGGAUCUAAAGCUAUAUUACUAUAUACAAGAGAAAUAUGUUACGAAUAUUCAGGAAAUAUAAUAUUCUUUAUUUUAUCAGCCUAGUCAAAUAUUCGACUGAUUUUAUCAAUAUUUUGUACUUACUGUAAAAUAUGUGACUACCUACACAUUAAAAAAUGUAUUUUUGUAAUUGUAAGUAAUAAUAAAGGCCAUAAGAAAUAGUUUCUGGUGUUUUUGAAGAUUUUUUAUUUCAUGGAAAGUGUUCUUUUAUAUUAAAAUUAUAUGUAGUUUACAUUUAACGACUUGUGAGUAGCUAGUUUACAAUUGUCAUUUUCCUUUUUUAUACAUAUACAUUGGCCUUGUAUAAGGUGAUCAUAAACAUAAAUAAAUUAUUUAUUAAUAUUCCGGUCUUUCCUUAAUACGCAGAACACCAAGUAAGAACUUUUUGCAUUGGGAAUGAGAAGUAUCCUAGUGUGUAUAUCAGGAUCAACUAGUUUGGCCUAGCCUAAACUGAUUUAUUCUAUUGGGCUUACGACAAAUUAGUUUGAACUAGGCUAUAUUAGUUAAUCCUAUCGCACAUUAUGUAGGUAUUUUUGAACAUCAUUGCAUUUCUGAUAUCUAGAGUAAAAAUAAGUCUUCAGUAAGGAAUUUGUAAUAAAACACACACGCUAAUCAAUAAUUAUUAUAAUGUACAAAACCACAAUCCUAAACCUAUGUUUAAAUGUAAAACAUUUUCAUUAUAAAUUAAGAUAAUUUCUUACAUUGGGUAGUAGACAGAUCUCGAGCUUCUUACUAGGUUUUAUACAAGCAUAUGAAUUUUGCUUGUGACGAAGCAACAAUAAACUCAUAGUUAAAUACAUGUCACAUAUUUUUGUUAGUAUAUUUUUGAAGAGAGCAAAAU